AAAAAAAUUAAACAAGUUGGAAAAGAAAAUAGGAUUGAUCUAAUCAAAGGAUCGAUAGUGACAAGACCCCAAAAACAAAUGAUUUCCAGAAUUUGAUUUAUACGGAGUAUCUCGGUCGUUGUCGGCAAUUGGAUACAUUGUUUAGCUUAAAAAGUGGUUGGCUGUAGACUUUGGUGAAAUGGCUGAAAAGUUCAAUGUUUUUUAAUGCAUUUGAUAAUCCAAUGAUGUACGCCCUUUCUAUAUAGCUCUAUUCCUUGCUAUAUCAACACCCUACAUCGAUUACUAGAAUCGUUGAAAAGGGAUAGCUAUGGGACUAUUGGAGCGAAGAACCAGUUUUCUAUUUUUACUCAUUCUGUUCAUCAGCUUUCUGGUGGGAAUCAGGGGAGCUUCAGCUGAUUCAAUACUUGUUCAAAACGGAACCUUCCUCUGCAAUGGGACGGUUGGGGGAUGCUUUUCCGGCGGCAACCUGGAUGAUUUUGACGGCGGGGAGUUGCUCAGGCAUUAUGCUGCCGGUAGUAGGUGGCUCCUCCAAGCUGCACGAACCAUUUCGUACGGGGUGACUCAAAACCGGAACCAGCCAGCUUGCCCUACCGCUAAGUACUCGGAUUGCAUAGUUCCGGGCGGUGGCGGCAGGCCAUGUGCCGACUACAAUCGUUGCAAGCGUGCUGUUGGUGGUUAACCUUUAACCAGUGAAUUCAUAUGUUCAUAUUGUGAUCGUCUUCAAGUUUGAACAGAGAUCUUCUACACCAGUUUAUCUAAUCAUCUGUACUUUCUCAAGUGUUUGAUUUCUUUCAUGUUUGUCGUCUUGUUAUUUUCGACUUCUUAUUAGCACAAUACUCCUUACUGUCUUCAUUCUAAUGUAAUUUCUGUUGAGGCUUUUUCUAUAUUGUUGAAUAACUGGUCAUUUUAUGAGAUCUCAGGAGAACUGACUCUAAUUGAAUGCACCUAUCGGC